GAUCAACUAGCUCGCAUCCAAGAACUCCUCACUGUGUGCACACCAUCUUGAUCCAACAAUAUACCAGCCCAUCCCAAGUCAAUCAUGUUGCCAACCCUACCGGCCGGAGGCAGGACAUUGGUCUAUUCAACUGUAGACGGACAUAACAUUAAGCUAGACUAUUAUAUGCCCUCUCGAGAAGAAGGAUGUCUGCCAGCGGUGAUCUAUUACCACGGCGGUGGAAUGACCGCUGGCUCGCGUCGGGGUAUAGGUUUCCCACACUGGUUAUACGACCACUGCCAAGCAAAAGGCUACAUCUUCAUUGCUGCCGAUUACCGACUCUGCCACCCAUGCACCGCCCUCGAUCAGAUCGAGGAUGCAAAAGCUCUUUUCAGCUUCCUCGCAGGCGAAGGCUUCCAAACGACGCUACCAAAGCCCAUCUCGCUCGACACAAGUCGGAUAGCAGUGACCGGCUUCUCCGCCGGCGCCUAUUCCGCCCGUGCGGCGUGUGUGUACGCCACUCCGAAGCCAGCAGUUCUUCUAACGGGCUAUGGAUCGGCAGGCGACUGGCUGUUAGAUCACUGGACUGCCGGUCGGCCGGCCACGUCUUUCUCCAAGUUCGUUGAUCUCAACGAGGUUCCUGGGUUGCUUGCCGACAAGGCGGUUGUGAGCGAUGAUGCGCCAGAGACGGGUCUCAUGUCGAACCGAUUCGCUCUGACUGUCCGGUGGGAGCUGGACGGCACGUUCCUCGAUGGCUGCCUCGGUCGCCCUGGCUUGGGUGCGGAGCUGAAUAGGUUGGACUAUGCAGAGCGAGCUGCAGCGAUUCCGGAGGACCUGAAACCGGCGUUCCUCCAGUUGUUCGUGACGGAAAACUACCCUCCAUCCGUGUUGGUGCAUGGAACUGCCGAUGAAGUCGUCCCUGACCAGGAGAGCAAGCAUCACUAUGAGCAGUUAAAGCAACUUGGGGUCAAGACCGAACUGCUGCUUGUAGACAAUGGGCCGCACGGGUUGGUGGACUUUCAAUCGGGAAUGCCGCCGGGUCCUGCGAAGGGAUCAGUCCAGGCAUACGACAGAGCUUUGGCGUUUGUUACGGAGGUGUUUGAUGCUGUCCAAUAAGUCUAUGUGCCUAGCCUUCACUCGUUCUUGUGCCUGGUGAAUUCGAUUGACAUUUCCGGCAGCUUCUUUACACAUAGCUACGUAUGAAUAGUGACAUGUCGAGAAGCAAUUCGGGCCUCUCAGCUGGCGACGCAGGGCUGGCACAAUCACAUGAAUGGCGUAAAUAAGGCAAUCCAACUAGCAGUGC